AUGUCAAUCCUCCCACCUUCACGACCUGAAACGGAGCCCCCAAGCCGUAUCACGUACAUGUUGACGCUAGAUGAUAUAUUGUCUGUCGCCGAUAAGAUCGCAGAUAUCACUUCCAACGGGACCAUCACACCAGAGAGAACUGCAUGUCUAGACGAGGAAUUGAAAGCCGCAAGAGACCGUAUCCCCGGUCCACUGAAGAUGGCUCAUACACAAAAGGCCUCAGACAACCAGGCUGACAACACGAUCAUGCAGCACACGUUAGAGAUGAUCUAUCAGCGCUCCCGCUGCAUCUUACAUCGCCAGUACCUGGUGUCUCCGCGAAUGACGAACGGUUACGAAACCUUCCGUUGGGCGUGCGUCGACGCUGCCCGGUGCGUUCUUGAAUAUCAAUGCGAGCUGUUUCAAGACAUUCUGCGUCGUCCUGGCAACAGAAAGCGGUCCUGGUUCGGAGCAUCUCACUCAGUUUCUGACUGCCUGACUGCUGCCAUGGUAAUAUGUCUGGAUGUGCUCAAUGAGCCAAAGGGCGCUCAGGCCGUCUCCGAAAAUACGCGGGCGGAGCUCAUCCAAUUGCUUAAUAAAACGUAUCUGAGUCUGAAAAAUACUCCGCGGCCGUCAGUCGAGACUGCAAAGGCAGCCGAGCGAGUUGCGACCAUGCUCUAUGAGAUGGGCCACUCUAUUAUAGGUGAGGAAUUACGCUGUUCCCAGCCUGCUGCAGCAGAGACCAGUGAGCUUUCCAGUUCCCAACUCGCAGACCAGAUGGCAGCCACAAUAGAGGCGACUUCCUCUCCAUACACAACCUUUCAGGACAUUCUUAACGGGGACUGUCCGCUUGAGAUGUUUGACUGGUCGAUCAAAGGUGUUGCCAAGAUUCUUUUUGAAAAGCUUCUGGUCCUUUUCAAGCUGGCUCUGGCAAUGGACGAGUUACUCUGCUCCCUAUUUUUGUCGGAGGACAUUUUAAAUAUGGAAGCCACCUGCGACCCCUCAUCCGUUGCCAACGUUGACGAAGUCGUGCAACGAGCGUACCCCAAGUUAAAACGAUUUAUUGGUUACAAGGGUAAAAUCUCCAAGCCUAAAUACAUGGGCAAGGGUGAACAGGGCUUUGUUUUCCGCUUUAAACACAAGGGGAGAUAUCUUUGCCUCAAAUUGCUUGAGCAGCUUCGGGAAGCAAGCGGACGUGAGCGAAGCGACCCGCGUUGGAGCCACAUUUAUUGGGCUGUCGUGAAGGACUUUAUCCCCGAUGAACCACCGAGCAGUGCGGGUCUUGAACAAUUACAGAAUAUCGUUGCCACUUUUAACAUCCCAAAAUACGGCAAUAUCCUGCCUCGCGACGUCAAGAAAGAGAACUACAGAGCCCAGCGAAUGGUUGAUUUGGGAUCCACUAUAGCCUUCCCAUUCUAUCGUCGCUAUGCAAGCGAGUUUAAAGUGAUCAAUUCUUCAAUUGUCUAG